CCCGAGACCCUAGGCCUGCUGCGGACGCUCAGACCGGGGCCUCCCGUAGACGCAGCGCCGUGGCGGCUCGGGCCCGGCUCCCGGAAGUGCGCGGUUCCCUGCCGCCAUCUUCCCCGCUGGAGCCGGCGGCGGCUCCUACCCGCCGCCUCGGCCGCGAUCGGGAUGUGGAGCCGGAGGAGCUGCCGGUACCGGCCCGAUGCCAGCGGCCUGGAGGAGCUGCGGGCCCGCCGGCGGGAGCAGGAGUCAGGUCCGGGCCCGACAGAGCCGCCGGGCCGAGGCCUUGGGAACCGGGCUGGGCCCUGCAGGAGCCAGUCUUGGGGGGAGCGGUUCUGGAGCUCUGAGGAAGGCCCGGAGGCAGCAGCAGUUGGUCAGUAAGAGACUUCUGCGGGAAGACAGCCUGGUGAAUGGAGAUGGGCAGGCUGGAGUGGAGAUAGCAGUAGAACCUCUGUCUGAGCAGGAGAUUUUGCAGCUGCUGAGGGAUGUCCAGAGGGGAACAGAGGAGAGGAAGAAAUUGUUGAGUCGCCUUCGACAGGGACUGCAGCACAAAGAGACGCAGCAGAAAUUUGUCAGGUUGGAGGGCAGCAUGCGGGUCCUAAUCGGGCUCUUCACCAGCAGCUUGGCCAACGUACAGAUGGAGGCAGCUCGCUGUCUGCACGAACUCUCACACUCCUGUGACCCUGCUGUGGCUGAGGCGUGUUUGCCAGCAACCUCCUAUCUCCUGACCUAUCUCUCAGGACACAGUGUAGAAUUCACAGAGCUGUGUUUGUACACGCUGGGGAACUUGGCAGUGGAGAGUGACGCAGUGAGGAAGCAGCUUUUACCUCAAGGCAUUAUUCCAGCCCUAGCAUCCUGUAUCCAGUCCCCUCAUGUGGCAGUGCUGGAAGGCCUGGGCUACGUCCUGUCGCAGCUCCUGCAGGCCAGGGAAGCUCCCACCAAGAUCAUACCCUUGGUUCUGGACUCGGUUCUCCCCCAGCACAUGCUUCAAUUGGUUAGCUCCAACCUGGAGCUGGGAAUGGGAGUCGCCGUGGAGUUUGCUUGGUGUCUUCAUUACAUUGUGUGUAGCCAUGUGAACAACACGCUGUUAAUCUCCCAGGGGAUCGUGUCAACCCUGGUGCUGCUCUUGCUAGAACUGGCUUCCGUGAGGUCAAAAGCAGCUACUGAGGGCCUGGAGUUGCUUAUCUGUCCCGUGCUGCGGUGUCUCAGCAACCUGCUUGCGGAGGAUGAGACAGAGGGCUGCAAAGUGCAGAUCCAGGAUGAGCGCCUCUUGGUGGCUUUGUUUCUCUUCAUGCAGUACUUCCUCCAGCAGCACCCGUUCCUAGUGCAGGAGUGUCUCUGGCUUCUCAACAACCUCACAGCUGAUGAGCCCAUCUUCUGCUCUGCUGUGCUCACGAUGGACCUGCUCCCAGCCCUCCUGCAGCUCUUGUCCUGUUCCCGGAUGGUGACCCUGCUGGCUCUGACUGUGCUGUGUAACAUUGCCGAGAAAGGCCCUGCCUACUGCUACCAGCUGCACCAGAAGGCUGUGCUGCCCUCGCUGCUCAGCACCCUUGCUCUUUCCGAUGCCCAGGUGGUGGGCCAGAGUCUAGAGCUGCUACAUCUCCUCUUCCUGCACCUGCCAGAGGCUGCUGACGACUUUCUCAGCCAAGCAGGACUGCAGGCCCUAGAACAGCACCAGGACAACCCCCAACUCCAGGAGCGAGUGAGGGCACUCAGUGAGACAUACCUCCAGCCAGCUGCAGUCUCUCUGAUCUCCUGUGCCAGUGCCUCAGCUGCUGUACUGCCCUCCUCCUAGACCACACUGCAUCCACUCCUGCUUCCCUUCCCAUUUGCACUAAUUCUAUCCCAUGGACUUUGUACAUUGAGAAGUUAUUUUGGAAUUUAAUAAACUUUUACAUUGUG